AUGCACUUAACCCAUCUGAAGCCGAGACGUCCCGCUCAGCAGCUCGUCCACCUCGGCCAAUCCUCCCGCCGUUCUCACCACACCUCGUCCGUUUCCACCAGCUCCCUGCCCCGCAUCGGCUCCCAGCGCUCCUCCGGCGCCAGCAGCAUCCUCUCCCGCGCCAAGGACCGAACCCAGAGCGCCUUUGCCAGCUUCUCCGAACCUGUCCUCCGAACCCGCCACUCCAAUCCGGGUCUCGCUAGGUUCACCCACGGCGAAUCUAUCGUUCCCCUCACCAAAGCCACUGCUUCCUCGCCUACCAAGAGCCCCUCAUCCGACUCUCUCUCCUCCGGCGAGUACACCCUCGCCGCCCGCAACCCGCCAUCGCAGCCCUACGCCGAUACCGACGCCUCUCUUCCCCUCCCCAUCCGACAACCUCGCAACGAGCCCAAGAUGCACCAAACCUCUUCGCGCCUGCUGCGCAUGACCGACGAUGAUCGGCCUUAUACAAGAGAUUUCAAAGAUCUCUUCUCUACCUUGGUCGUUAGCCUUCUGCCCCUCUCGGCUCACCGAGUACGACUAAGCAAGGUUGAGUAUACCUUCCUCUCUGAAGAUGCUAUCAACAACCUUGGCUCCCUCAAAUUCUCCCAGUCGAACCGUAUGCCUGAUCCCAAGGAUCCCUCUAGAAUCGUCACCACCACAACAACUACCACAUUUUCAAUGGCCAAGGACAUGGCCCGCUCCAUUUGCCAGCGAUUCGUCGAGGCUCGCUUCAUUGAGUCUGCCGACGGCAAGCUCCAGCAGGUUUACACCAUGAAGGGCGGUGUGUGGCAGUUGACUCCCAAGGGUGUUGCCAUUCUCAACCGCUUCUGUGCCAGAAAUGGCAUCCAGCAGAAGCAAGUCGGCGAGCUGAUGAACACCAGCAACCUCCAAUUGGUCAUUCUCGAGCGUGACCUGCAAAGCGACAAGCUCCUCAGCGAUUGGGGUACCAUUGAAGUCAUCUUCCGCAGGUUUAUGGGCUCCGACGGACGUAACAUCAAGUCGAGCGUCGCAGCCGCAGAUUCAGAUUCACUUCACGACUACCAGGACGGUCUGACCGGUGUCAAGAUGGCUGCUGAGCGCAAAGUCAACGGCAAGACCUUCAGCAAUACCUUCACCGGCCGCGCCACUACCGAUUGGCUCAUGGACUGCUCCACCAUCGUCGACCGCCGCGAGACCAUUGAGAUUGCUAGCCUAUUUGUCGAAUACGACCUCAUCGAGGCCCUCACCCACGAUCGCGCCUACCUCUCCCAGAUCCCGACGCACAAUCUGUUCCAGCCUACUAAGCAUGCCAUCUAUCAAGUAUCGCAACGGGGCAAGGACAUUCUCUCCGGUGGCGGCUCGAGAGGCCGUGCUUCCGAGAGUGAGGCAGGCACCGGAUCUCAGCGCAACGGCAUCACUAGAGACUCCAAUACCCAGCGUCUAGAUAAAAUUCUCAACGACCCCGCCCUGCGUCUGCUCUUUCGCGAAAACCUGUCCGACACCCACUGCGAGGAGAACUUGUCAUUUUACAAGGAUGUGGACGAGUUCGUGCACGUCUGCAAGGCUGGUAUCCGUGUGGCCAAAAAGUCGCCCAGCGCAAACUCGAUGGACGGCAUCAAGGAGAUCAUGGCUCAAGCCUAUGGCAUCUACAAUGCAUUCUUGGCGCCUGGAUCGCCCUGCGAGCUGAACAUUGACCACCAGCUCCGCAAUAACCUCGCGACACGCAUGACCAAGGCUGUCGGCCAAGACAUCGCCAUGAUUGAGACUCUAGAGGAGGUGAUGACGCUGUUUGAAGAUGCCCAGACCGCUGUGUUCAAGCUCAUGGCCAGCGAUUCGGUGCCCAAGUUUCUACGAAACGCCAAGUACGAGCAGCAAUUACGGAAUUUCGAUGCCGACCUUGGUCGAGCGCCCGAGCGGAGCCAAAGCCGACUAGAUUCCACCACACGAUUUUGUGUCGCAUUUACUGGUGUUUUUGCAUUUGCUGCGCUCUGUUUCAUUUACGAAACUUUUUUAUAUAACUUAUAUGCCACUUUCUCUUUGAUGCCACUCUCUCAGCUGCGAUCUGGGAAAUAUCGGGCCCACUCGGACACUGGCAGCUGGUAUGCUGCGACCUACGAGGGAUGGAUGAGAGUCUCCGCGCGACCAGCACAACUCGAGUCAACCUACCCGCCCAUCAAGGUAUGGAACCUACCCGGGAGCACUCGGUGA